GCGUGUGUUGUCAAUAGUUUGACUUGGAGUUUUGUUUACAUUUUCAAAAUUUCAACAAUGAAACGACUAAUUUUUGGAUUUCUGUUAUUUCAUCUGGUAGCGGUUGUGUUACCGAAUGAUGAAUCAAAUGGUUUUUGUACAAUUGAUGGAAAUUGUGAAUCUGAUAACAGCGAUGGAUCGUCAAAGUAUUUGGCCGGAGACGAGGAAAACUAUAAGAAGUACGCCGAGGCCCUAACUCAGAAACUCACUUCGUCUCAAGCCAAAUUCGAGGCACAAAACUACACCGGCUUCUCCAAGCAAAUUGAGAAAGAUUUGUCGCCGUUUCGACAGGGCAUUUCCCAAGCAAUGAUAAAUGACGUACGAAAGUAUGGAGUUAAGUACCAAAUUGUCAACCAGAGACUGUAUCGGGACAAAGAAUGCAUGUUUCCAUCCCGAUGUGCUGGCAUCGAACAUUUUCUGAUGCAACUAUUGCCCCGACUAAAAGACACCGAAAUUCUAAUCAACUGUCGCGAUUGGCCACAAAUUCAUACCGAUUGGGGUGUUCGUGGUCCCGUCUUUUCAUUCAGCAAAACCGAUAAGUAUCUCGACGUUAUGUAUCCGGCGUGGAGUUUCUGGCAAGGCGGACCAGCUAUUUCUACAUAUCCAACCGGACUGGGCAGAUGGGACGUGAUGAGAGAAAAACUGACUGAAGCCGCAGCGAAACAUCCCUGGUCCAAGAAAAAGAGCCAGGCUCUGUUCCGAGGAUCUCGUACGUCCGAUGAACGAGAUUCGUUGGUGCUACUGUCCAGAAAAUAUCCAGAUCUGGUGAAAGCUCAGUACACAAAGAACCAAGCAUGGAAAUCAUCGGCGGAUACUUUGGGUGCUGAACCUGUGAAGGACAUUCCGAUGGAAAAUCAUUGCCGCUACAAAUAUUUGUUCAAUUUCCGUGGCGUGGCAGCAAGUUUUCGCUUUCGUCAUCUGUUUAUGUGCCAGUCGUUGGUUAUUCAUGUCGGAGACGAAUGGAAGGAAUUCUUUUAUGAUGCACUCGUGCCGAAUUACCACUUCAUUCAAGUGCCCGCUUAUCCGCAAGAAAAUGAACUGAGAUAUUUACUCAGAUUUCUGGUGGAAAAUGAUAAACUUGCCGAGGAUAUAGCACGUCGGGGAUGCGACGCCAUUGACCAGAUGCUAGAUAUGAAGGACAUCCUAGACUACUGGUAUGAUUUGAUAAUGCAAUACACGAAAUUUUUGAAAUUCAAAGUGGUUCGGGACGGCGAUUUAAUUGAUAUUACGAAGUAAGUCUGUGAUGUUGUUGUAAUACUGUGGUAUGGGGGGUACUAAGAUCUAAAGUCUUGUAUGAAUAUUAAUUGACACGUACCACCUCUUCAUUUGCUAAACGAAAGAAGUGAAACUUUUUUGUAC